GUAUGACAGAAAAGAGGAAAGUGACGCUGAGGCUGGUGGUAGAGCUGUAUGACGAGCAGAGACGGGAAGAGCAAGACGGAAUAAGGAUGUUUGUGCUCUCACGGGCAGAGACUCAUCGUAUCCCCAUAUACUAUUGCUGCUUUGACACGGUAGAUUCCAUUUGGGAUCACAUCGGAUGGCGACUGUGCGCCGGCAGGUCGACUGCAACUGCUGCACACAUUCAGAGCCAUGCGUCGGAUCUGUGCGGCAGCAUCCAAGAAGCGGUUCGCAUCCGUGGCCGGCAUAUUCCAGACGGUGAGCCCAUCCAGCUUUCCUUCACUGUGCAGCUCUCCCAGGUUUCGCCCGGCCAGGAUGCCGGUGAGGGUCUGGGAUCGUCCGAGCCCACUAGGACGGUUCCAGCAUCGAAGUCGUCGGUGCAGUCGUUGAAGAGAAAGAGAGCGGCCAUGGAUGAAAAUGGCGAUGAUUCUUUAGCAAAGAAGGUCUGUAUCAUCUGCCAGGACGAGUUCGGCAAGGAAGGGAGCUUGGCCGCCAUGCCCUGCGACCACGAGUUCCAUGAGAAAUGCAUCGUUGGUUGGCUCGAACGAGCCCACUCCUGUCCGCUCUGUAGGUUCCGGUUGCCGACCGAUUGAUGCACUCACCAAUGUAUUUAGGUU